AUGGCUGCUCUCUUAGAGUUCAUUGACCAAUUCACCAACUUCUCUUCCUUUCACUUCCCUGAAUUCUACUCCGAUGGCCAGCCGGAGCUCGACGUUUACGACUAUGCUGAAGCUGAAGAUGCCCAUCUCUUUGACGAAUCGUGCCUCACUUUCACUGGUGAGACGGAGGCGGUAGCGGCGGCGGCGGCAGUGGUUUCGACCGGAAAAGAUGGUGGUGAGCAAAGGAAUGGACAGGAGAAUGACGAAGUGAAGAGGAGGAAGGUAGAGGCUGAGUUUAGGAUUGGAUUUAGAACAAAGUCUGAGGUGGAGAUAUUGGAUGAUGGGUUCAGGUGGAGGAAGUAUGGGAAGAAGGCUGUAAAGAAUAGUCCAAAUCCAAG